CCUGGCGCCGCGCACCAAAGGCUAAACCUGCCCAGGGACAGCAGCCGAUGCCUGGCUCGGCGGCGACGACAACGCCGACGGCGGCGUCGCAGCGGCCAGGGCUCGCGCCGCCCAUGGCGGCCGGGGGCGCUGCUUGUGCGGCUGUGGCGGUUGAGGCGUGGCGGGGGCGGGUGCUCGAGAGCGUGGGCGGGCUGGACGGCGUGCUCGACACGCUGCUGCGAAACCUGGCGCUGUUACUCGAAGGCGGCAAGGGCGCCGUCCGCGGCGUGAUCCUGCACGGGCCGCCCGGGUCGGGCAAGUCGCACCUGGCGGGGGCCCUCGCGGCGGCCGCCGCCGGGGCGCCGUGCGCCGUCUGCGGCCCAGUGGACGUCUCCGCCGCCCUGUCGGGCUCGGCCCGCACGGUCCAGUCGCUCUGCGGCGCGCUGGCAGGGGCCACCCGCGGCGCGCGGCGGGCGGCAGAGGGCGGGGCCGCCGCCGUGGUGGUGGUGCUGGAGCGCGCCGAGGCGCUGUGUGCCGUGGGGGAGGAAGAUGAGGGCCGCGGCACGCGACUGGAGCUUGUCAGCGUGGUGAUCGACCUGCUGCUGGCGGAGCUGCGGCUCUGGCGGGACGAGUCGCUGCCCGCAGUGUUGCUCGUCCCUUGGGCAGCCAAGGCAUCAGUCCCGAGCGAGUUCCUUGGCGGCCUCUUCGAUCGAAUCGCGCUGCCCGUCCCGCUCUCCAGGGCGCAGCGCCGGGCGGUGCUGGCCGCGAGCUCGAGGGAACUGCCGAUCGCUGACAGGGAGGCGGUGCUGGACCGCGAGGCUGGGUGACCAAGGGCCAAGAGCUUGCCUACUGCCCACGCUGGGAUUGCACGG